GUACCUAUACCCUUAAAAACCCGCGGGGCGUAUUAAUAGUGAGACUCGAAUGAAAUCGUGUCACAUAUCUAGGCUCAUAUCGACCAUUCGUUCCAAAUAAUUUAAUUCGUAUAAACCGUUAAGGUUCGUAUAAAUACAGAAUAUAUAUAUAUAUAUAUGUAAUAUGAUAAUAUUAUAGUUGCUAAGGAGAUUUCUCUUAUAUGCGGUGCCUAAAAUGAUUCAAUAAACUAGUGCCUAAAUCGUACGUGCAAUACAUUAAUUAAUUCGUUCGCUUAAAUCAUUCUCGAUAUAACUAUAUAUACAUAUACGACAAGUAUAUUAUACAUAUAGGCGCAUACAUUAUUUUAGUGCUGACAUAGUACCUAAGCCUUGACGAUUCUCGUUAUAAAGAUUCAAAUUUUAAAAUAGAAUUUAAAAUAAUAAUAAAAAUAAUAAUAAUAAUAAUAAUAAACGUAAUCAAUGCUUGUAACUAUUCGCUUCAAAGAUUCCAAUGAAUUAUUUAUUAAUAUUGAUAAGUGCGGAGUGCAGCCGAUCAGACGGUAAAAUUGAUUCAUAAUACAAUUAAUAAUUAAAAAAAAACUAUUUGAAGAAAAAAAAACAAAAAAAAAAAAUCAACAACACCGUCGUACGCAGUAAAAUAAAAAUAAUCCGAACAUGAGACGAUAAAUUGAAGAAAGCUGCGUGUCCACCGCUUACAUCGAUAUAUCGUAACUAUAUAAUAUAUGAGAUUCGAAAUUUGCUGAAAAGCAAUUCAACGUCUUUGUGAGAGUUCUGCUAGAAUUGGAAAAUCAUUAAAUAUAACAAUGUCACAGCUGAUGCUGUGCAGCCUUGGAAACAGUUCGAAUGCCGGGAAUGACACGAAUAAUAACGCUAACACAAACAGCAGCAUGGAAGACGACGACUCGUAUCCGCUUCCAACCAUAUACAGAUGCCGAGCCCCGAUAGCGAGCUUGGACUGCAUGGAAGAGUUCAACAGCGGGGGCGGCGGGGGCGGCGUCGAGGGGCUUGGGAACUGCGGUCCGACCGCUGGAACCAAGGAGCAACUUCUUACGAACUGCAUCGCGGCCCAGGCGCACCGACUCCAGCAUCCAUCGCCUGGGAUCCGGUACCGGAACCUGGGAAAGAGCGGUCUUCGAGUCUCGAACGUCGGUCUGGGUACCUGGACUACUUUUGGGGUUGGCAGGGGCGGGAACGAGGAAACCGCCGAAGCCGUGAUCGCCCUGGCCUACGACAGUGGGAUCAAUGUGUUCGAUCUGAGCGAGGCGCACAGCGGGCAUCGAGCCGAGACCCAACUGGGCAGAAUAUUAUCCCGCAGAGCCUGGAACAGAACGACCUACGUUGUUACGACAAAGAUAUACUGGAACACCAAGACUGAAGGACGAGGUCUCUCCCGUAAACACAUUAUCGAAUCGGUUCAGGGCUCACUUUUACGGCUUCAGCUUUCGUACAUCGACAUCGUAAUGAUCCACAAGGUUGAUCCGAUGUGCCCGAUGGAAGAAAUCGUUCGGGCGAUGAAUUACGUGAUAAGCAAGGGCUGGGUCAUGUACUGGGGCACUUCUCGAUGGUCUCCCGUUGAAAUAAUGGAAGCCUACACGAACUGUAGACAGUUCAAUUGCGUCACACCGAUCGUCGAGCAGGCGGAGUACCACCUUUUCUACAGAGAAAAGCCAGAACUCUACAUGCCGGAGCUUUACAACAAAAUUGGAGUCGGACUCAUGGCCUGGUCGACAGUCACUAUUGGAAUGGUGUCCACCAAAAGCGAAGACUGCGGAAUGUCUUUCCUCUCCAGAUCUUCCUACAAAAACAAAUACUCCUCGUUCAGUUGGACGGAAGAUGAAACCCAGUCUCUGUACAAGGAGUCCGAUAAGUCAAUGUCUAAACGCAACGAGUUUCCGCAGCAGGAAUACGGCUGGAAGGAUAAGUUGGCGGACGAAGAGACCCGAAAGUACUCGGACAAGUUCAGGGAGGUUUCGGCAUUAGCCGAGAGGAUGGGCUGUUCCUUCGGGCAGCUGGCGAUCGCUUGGUCAUUGAAAAAUGAGAGUGUCCAGUGCCUUCUGCUCGGUGCAGCGAACACAGAUCAGCUGUACGAUAGUCUCCAAAGUUUACAGCUAAUCCCGAAGCUCAACGCGAGUAUGAUGAGCGAAAUCGAACGGAUACUCGACAACAAGCCGUCCAGGCCGCCAAUGGUGUCCACCUUGGCACUCAGAUGACAAUCGAUUUGCCCCCACGGAAGCAGUGGGGGAUCCAUCGAGGAAGGUGGCAGCCCGAAAAGCGAGGGUGGCAACAGCCAGGACCAGGAACAGACCAAGGAGACGACCAACAAACUUUCCUUCUGCGAGAUCCAGUGACAGUCGGAUCCAUCCCCGA